GGACUCGCUAUCUUCUCUCAACAACAUACACUCCCUCUUCUCCAAUUGAAUUAGUUCUUUGAACAAAGAUGGUGAUUGGGCCGUUUAGGCUCUCACUUUACGUUUGGUUGGUGUUCCUCACAAGUGCAUGCUUUGGAACGAGGCUUGAAGAGAGUUUCAAUGAAUGCCAGCUCGACAGACUGAAUGCUUUGACGCCGGACAACCGGAUUGAGUCCCAAGGCGGCAUCACCGAGACAUGGAACUCGAACCACCCGGAGCUAAGGUGCGCCGGUGUCACGCUUCUGAAGCGCACCAUCUUCCCUAACGGCUUCCACUUGCCUUCCUACGCCAAUUAUCCCCAGCUCAUUUUCAUCGCCCAAGGCAAUGGAGUCGUUGGAAUAUCUCUACCUGGAUGCCCUGUGACAUAUGAAGAGGCUGAAUCGCAGUCUAGAGAGGACAGACGACGACGUAUUGCUAUUAAGAGAGAGUCUGAACGAGAACAAGAACAACAGGGUGAUAGCCACCACAAAAUCUACCACUUGAGGCAAGGUCAUCUCCUUGCAAUCCCGGCAGGAGUUCCUUACUGGAGCUUUAACUAUGGAAAUGAGCCUAUUGUUGCCAUCACGCUUCUUGACACCAGCAACUUGGAUAACCAACUUGAUCCUUCUCCAAGGAGAUUCUACCUAGCUGGAAAUCCGGAAGAAGAGCAUCCAGAGACGCAACAACAACAACCACAGACGCGACGCAGGCAUGGGCAGCAUCAGCAAGAGGAGGAAGAAGGCAACAACGUUUUGAGUGGAUUCAGUACACAACUACUAGCGCAUGCUUUCGGCGUGGAUGAGGAGAUAGCCAGGAUACUCCAGAACCCGCCAGAACAGACGAAGGACCAAAUCGUGAGAGUGGAGGGAGGAUUCAGAGACGUCAUAAGUCCUCGCUGGGGAGAGGGAAAACAGUAUGAAGAUGAACUAGAAGAAAGACAACGCCAACCACGAAGACGGGAUGAACAAGGAAAAGGAUAUGACUAUGAUGACGACCGUCGUCCACAUAGACAAGAUCCCUACAGACAGGGAGACGAAGACGAUCGACGACCACGGGGUUCACGUCAAAGACAGGGAAGAAUAUAUGAUGAUGACGACCGUCGUCCAGACGAUGAUGAUCGACAAGGAUAUGAUGAUGACGAUCGACGACCCCGGUGGUCAUCACGUCCAAAAGGACAAGGAAGAAGGUAUGAUGAAGACGGUAGAAACGGAGUGGAGGAAACACUAUGCAGUCCAACUCUUGUUGAGGACAUUGCCCGACCAUCCCGUGCUGAUUUCUAUAACCCUGCAGCCGGCCGCAUCAGCUCAGUUAAUAGCUUGACCUUCCCCAUCCUCAGAUGGUUCCAACUCAGUGCGGAACACGUUCUCCUCUACAGGAAUGGCAUAUACAGUCCCCAUUGGAACAACAACGCAAACAGCAUAAUCUAUGGGUUAAGAGGGGAAGGAAGGAUCCAGGUGGUGAAUUCCCAAGGCAACGCGGUGUUCAAUGGUGUUCUAAGGGAAGGACAGAUUCUGCUGGUGCCGCAGAACUUCGCUGUGGGUAAGCAAGCCGGGAAUGAAGGAUUUGAAUAUGUGGCGUUCAAAACAACUGAUCGUGCUUCAAUCAGCCACCUCAAGCAAGUGUUUAGGGGAAUCCCCGCUGAUGUUCUCAUCAAUGCUUUUGGCCUUCGAAAUCAUCAAGUCAGUGCUCUCAAAUACAAUGGAAACCAGACCCCUUUGGUCGCUGCUUAUGAUUCCCAGUAUGGGCCUCAACGUCGUCAUCAAACUUAAUCAUAAUAAUAAUGCUCAAGUUGAUAGCAAGAAUAAUGAUGGUUCUAGAUUAUGGUGGCCAUCUUCAAUAAUAAUAAAGUAAAUAAAUUUUGGAUGUUGUUGGGAACUUCGAGUUAAAAUAAAGAUUAGGCCUAACUUAUGUGCCUAUCUGAGCCUCUUUCUUGAUCUAUGUAUGAUUGACGACGUGUAUUAGUUUCUAUAAUAAUAAAAAGAGAAAAUUCUA